AUGAAUUAAACGAUCAAGACGUCGUACAUAGCGGACUGCCACGUUGCUCUAUAUCAAGUACAUCCUGUUCUUCACCUUUUCUCUAUACGUUUACGAAGUGUAAAAAAAUAUUCCAAUUCCUAAAAACGCGAUGGAGUUGGACGAAAGCUCGAAGAAAUACGAUGUUGAAACGGCCGGCGAGCAUGACAAGGACAACGAAGAAAGAGGUAGCUGGGGUCGACACAUCGAGUUUGUUUUGGCGACUAUUGGAUUUGCUGUUGGUCUUGGAAACGUCUGGCGUUUCCCAUAUCUUGCUCAGAAGAAUGGAGGAGGUGCAUUUCUCAUCCUAUUUCUUAUUCUUUUCAUCGCUGGCAUUCCAAUUUUCUUCAUUGAAUUGGGCAUUGGGCAACGUCUUCGCCGCGGUUCAGUCGCAUGUUGGAACGAGAUCUCUCCGUAUCUUGGCGGUAUUGGUAUUGCCUGCCUGUUCGUGUCGUUCUUCGUUGCUGUUUAUUACAACAUGAUCAUUGGCUGGAGUUUUUACUAUCUUUUUAUCUCGAUGCAGGAAGAUUUGCCCUAUGCAAAAUGUGACGAUGUUUCUCCAGUGAAUAGCACGAAUAAGACUCUUUGCGAGCGACUGGAUUCCACCAAAUACUAUUGGUAUCAUGAGAAUCUUCAGAUAAGCGAGGAGAUGACCGGAAGUAGUGCUCUCCUCUGGCAUCUAUGUCUCGUUCUCCUCUUUGCUUGGGUUAUCGUAUUUUUCGUCAUGAUGAAAGGCUUUGCAGCUGCAGGAAAGGUGGUGUAUUUUACAUCGUUAUUCCCGUAUUUGGUUUUAUUUAUAUUUUUAAUCCGCGGUACAACGUUAAAAGGUGCUGGAGUUGGUCUCAAACACAUGUUUACUCCAAAGUUUGAAAAGUUGAGAGAGCCCACCGUGUGGCUGGAAGCAGCAACUCAGAUCUUCUUCUCUCUCAGUCUGGCGUUUGGUGGCCUAGUCUCCAUGGCCAGUUACAAUCCCGUGCACAACAACUGUCGUCGUGAUGCUGUCGUUGUCUCAUUGGUGAACUCUUUCACCUCCUUGCUUGCGUCAAUUGUUGUGUUCUCCGUCCUUGGUUUUAAGGCUACAAGGUCUUGUCCAUAUCCAGAGAAAAUGGAUUGUACCGUUGAGGGGGAUUUGGAAAAAGCUGGAUCAGGUGCUGGUCUAACAUUCAUCGCAUUUACGGAAGCAAUCACUCAGAUGCCGGCCCCUCACAUCUGGGCUAUUUUAUUCUUCAUGAUGUUAAUUACGCUGGGCUUUGGAAGUAUGUUUGGCACAUUGGAAGGUGUCAUAACGCCACUCUUUGACGCUAAACUUUUCAAUAUUAGAAAAGAAUACAUUACAGCUGCCGUUUGUCUCAUCUCGUAUUUGAUUGGUUUGUCGUUCUGCACAAAAUCUGGCGUUUAUUGGUUGGAAUUGUUCAAUGACUACUCGGGAACAAUACCGCUGCUCACAAUUGCCUUUUUCGAGCUGAUAGGCGUUUCUUGGGUUUAUGGACUUGACAAGUUUGAACGCGAUAUUGAGUAUAUGUUAGAUGAAAAGCCAUCUUGGUAUUGGAAGAUUUGUUGGAAGUUUCUCGCACCAGUUUUUCUUAUCGUCGUUUUCAUUGCCAGUUUGAUUGGAAUGGCGGUGAAUGGCAUUAGGUACCAAAGAUGGGACUACGCUGCGAAUAAAAGAAAUCCAACAAAUUUCUCUGGAUUGGCUUACUUUGUCAUCGUCUUGUUGAUCCUCGUACCGCUGGCAUGUAUUCCCGGCGUCGCAAUUGUACGGUAUUUCGGUUACUGUCCGUACAAGAGACGCGGAGCAGAAGUGAUCGACGUGGAUGUGGACGAUGAGGCUACUGGUACUAUCACAUCAAACCUUUCUCGAGUUCCUCUGACGAGCAAUGAAGAAGCACCCGACACUAAGGACGAUAGCGAUGAGGAAAAAUCUUUAUUAAACAAUCACAAAGAAUCUGGGCGCGAGUCAGUGUUGUAGUGUAAUAUCGAUUGCGUAACUAUUUCAAAUCUCGAAACUUUUUAUUGAUUUUUGUUUGAAAACAAUCAAAAUUCAAACCAUUGCUUCGAGGAUUGAAUAUAGUUCUAUAGGGUUGGCGGCUGUCAUGAGAAGAUGGUAGAGAGAAAUUGGAUUCUACUCGUGCAAAAUUCGGCGGGAAAGUUGCUUAUACGUAAGGGAGAUGUGGGGUCAUUGCACAGUUUACCCUACGUUAUCCCAUAACGUAUGGUAAUAAACCAUAUAUACAGUUAUAUACUGUACGAUAAUGUAUUGAGAAAUCGUCCAACUUUUCUCAUGUCUUUGACUUCAUGGAAAUGUUUUGCUUGUUUUUCGUGUGCGAUGGCGUUUACUGUCGUGUAUGUUUGUAGAAGAUUUUACAGUUCGAAUUAGUACUUUCAAUCUAUUGUUCAAGACAUUUACAUGAAGUCAAAAGUCGUCGUUGUGCUCUGGUCAUUUGACAUAUUUGUCUUUUGUAAGAUGUUUUAACGAGUGCGUCAAAGAAUAACGAGGGAUAGUCAUGUUAAAUGAUUAAGUGCAACAUUAUCUUCGAUUACUUCGUUUAACUUUUAUCUUCGGUAUAGCCAGUGCUGUAGAAGUGGGGGAGGGGCGCUUGUGGGAGGAGCCCCCCUUCUUUCUUUGAAAUGGGUAAUUUUAAAAGGGCACUAUUGACAAAAACGUCAAGAGAGCCCCCCCCUAGUUCUACAGCACUGGGUAUAGCUCGCUUUGUUUUUAGUUUAUUCUAGGACUGAUUUAUGUUUUCUUUUACGCCAUGAUCAUAUUUUAGUUUUAUUUGCGAAUGCUUUGUUGCCUUGAUGAUAAAUACAGAGAGUUCCGAUCGUUGUGUUUAGUGCAAAUUUCUAAUUAAUCACGGGUCUGUGUUCUAUCUUGUUUAAAAUUAUCCAAAAUCCAAUUCCAACAAUGUUACGACUGUAAAAAUUCCAUUAUAAGUGUUGCAAUUACAAAACUGUUGCAACAUCAACAACCACUGUUGCAUGAAUACUGUUUAAGAACACGCUAUCACCUCUCUUGAAAUUUUCCCCGCAUGUGCAGGUGCUGGCGUGAAGAAACAUAUUUUUUAUUUAUGGGCAAGGUUAUAUAUACACCAAUUUUAAGCUCAAUUUUAUCUGUAAAUUAAUUAAUGUUGUGUAAUUACUUUAAAAGUUGGGUACGAUUUGUUGAUAUUUUACGCCCAAGAUAAAGAACUGGGGAGAGAAGAGAUCUUCAGUUCUACGCGGGAAAGGCUCGUGGAAGAUGUAUUUCAUACUUCAUAGCUUGUAAAUUUUCAUUAUUUGAUGUUAUUGAUCUUCGCCUUAUUUAUCCGCAGCCUUUCCCUUGAAAAACUGAUUUUGUUAUUUUUAAAUUGUUAAUUUGCGAUUUUAUGGUGGUGGAUCUAGCCUCACAUGACCCACCAGACCAGUAAUGUUCGUGCAACUCUUUUAAAAUUCCGCUUUCUCAUGGCAUGGAUCAAAGUUUUGUGAAUGCUGUUUAUAGAUCAAGGCUCGUGUUCAGUAUAAUUUUGAUCUUCAAUGCAUAUAUAUAUAUAUGUAUACAUUAGUUGUUAAAUAUGAGCGGUUUGCGUCUAACGUAUGCUGUAAAUUUAGUUCUUAAAUAACCGUGUAUAAUUAUGUGUCAAGAAAUAAAUAGUUUGUCCCAGUUA